UCGUCGUCACGGUGGCUUUUCGAGCGCUUCGAACAGCUGGCCUAACACUCGGCCUCGGCCUCACCGCCCUCGCCGCUUACAAUCAAUCCAGGCAGGGCCGAAUGGCGUCUCGGGCCCAGCAUCUCGAACCAGCUGAGGGGCGAGAGAUAGUCUUUUGCCACAUCUGCCGGCAUGAGUGGUAUCGCGAUGAACACCCUGGCGAUUUCGCUUGCCCCGUUUGCGGCCGAGAGUUCAUAGAGAUUGUCACCCCCGAAUCCGACCCUCGAGGAGACGACGGAUCGGCUGACUCGGAAUCAGACCAACGUUUCCAUUUACAUCAUCACCACCAUCACCACCAUCAUGACUCUGAUUCAGACCCGGAAGAAAGUAAUAUCGAAGAGCACCACUUCCAUGGGCCAGGUGGUCUAUUUGGUCAACGCACUAUCCAUCGCUCUCCUGAGACGUCGGCCUACAGUCGCAGAUCGCGAGUCCGUCCUGGAAGUAGUGAUGACAUAAUCCGUAGAUUCACCGAGAUGAUUGAUGAGAUUAGUGGUCCCGGCAUGGUGGGCCGCUCAGGACCAGAAACUCUGUUUAACGAGAAUCAGAAUGGCCCUCAAUUCACAUACCGGACAUUUCGCGGUCCAGGGUAUAGUGGCGGCGUAAGCAGCUUCACCAUUACGACUGGUACAAGUGCUCGAAGACCUCAAGGUCAAACAGGACCGAGAUCUCCAUUUGGUGCCGAUGACCCUUUCCAAAGGAUCUUUAGUGAAAUCCUGUCCUCAGGUCCCGCCUUCCAGCCCAUGGAUCGUGGUGAUGCAUCCGCUAGGGAUUCCAACCAACAGGGCAAUGAUGGAGACGCCGCCGGUCGCCCGAUGGAUAUUGGAACUGCUUUAAAUCAGCUUCUAGCUUCAAUCGUAAACCCUGGCGCAAUCCAUGGCGACGCCGUCUACUCCCAGGAGGCAUUGGACCGAAUUAUCACCAAUUUGAUGGAAGCUAAUCCUCAAUCGAAUGCUCCACCCCCGGCGACUGAAAAUGCUAUUGCGUCGCUACCGAAGAAAAAGUUAGAUGAAGCAAUGCUAGGACCCGAACUGAAGGGUGAAUGUACAAUCUGUAUCGACGAGGUAAAAGUGGGAGACGAAGUCGUAGUACUUCCUUGCAGACACUGGUUUCAUGAAGAGUGUGCUAGCUUGUGGUUAAAGCAGCAUAAUUCAUGCCCAGUCUGUCGGGCAGCUAUUGAUGGCGCUGCUGCUGGUAAGCCCCCCAACGAAGCGACUAGCUCACAGAAUUCGACACGGCCUACCGAUCCCUCAUCGUCUAGGCCCACGCCCGCAGAAAGACGUAGGACUCAUUUGCAGCAAAGGCGAGAAGAGAGGCUUGAUUCCAUUCGCGGCGUAGCUGCUUCUUCCCAAGAUCGACCAUAUCUGCGUCAUCGGGAUUCAUAUUCCCCUCCAUCUCAGAACUCCUCAGCCCAGCGCUCACCAAGGGUUAGAAGUCCUUCACCGUCAAGCAGAGGGGUCAAUCAUACUGAACGAGGCCGUGAUAAUCGAGGCUCAUCAGGUUCCGGGCCUUUGAAUUGGAUUAGAGACCGAUUCAGCGGAAGGUGAUUCCUCGGCGUCCAGUCUUAUUGAGUGUGAUAGCAAUGAAGUUGGUGCGAAAAAGGAGGGUUUCCGACAUAGAGAGCCGGGGAAACCCAGAUAUGCUUCUUAAUGAGGGAUUGGAUUGUGGCAUGAUAUGAACUGGUGUGAUACAACAAUGGCUUCUAUUCACCUGGCUCUGCAAAACCGCGUUGACAUUCAGUAGUGGUGCUGGACGA